AAGAAGGCUAUAAUAUAGAGAAAAGUGAUUGCGAAUAGUUUCAAAGAUACCGCAGAAGGAAAGAAAGAUGGAAGGAAGUACGAAGAUCAGAGGAACGGUGGAGAUAGAUGUGGAGGCGAUUGAGAAGGUAAUGAAAAGAAGAACAACGAGGACGAUGAAGAACAUUAAGGAGGAAAUGAAAGAGCUGAGAGAAGAAGUGGAAAUCUUGAAAAGGAAAGUAUAUAAAAUGGAGCAAGUUUCGGGUAAAAGAAAGAAGGACGAGAGUAAGGAAAGAGAGGAAAAAGUAAGCAGGAAAAAAUGGUGGUACGAAGAGAAGGAAGAAGACGAGGAAGAGAAGAGAAGGAAGAACGUGAUAAUCAGAGUUGAGAAGAAUAGAUGGGGAGGAAACAACGCAAACUGGAAGAAGGUGAAACAAUUAUUCACAGAAGGAUUGAGAGUGAAGGUGGAGGUGAAGGAGGUGAUUAUGAUAGGACAGCGAGGGGACUGGCUGACAUUUAUGGUAAAGCUGAGAAGUGAGGAGGAUAAAUGGAGAAUAUUGGAAGCAAGAAGAAAGGAAGGAAGUAGGAUGAAAGUAAAAAUAGACGAAGACAAAUGGAAUCACGUAAACGGAAAAGUAAUUUUGAAAUUCGUGACCGACAAAGACGUCGGCGUGUCGUUCAAAUUGUUCGACAGUGGGAACAUAAAUCUGAACCGAUUGAUAAAUACACUAAACUUAGUAAUGCAUCCGUUGAACCUACUAAUUCAUCGAUUGAAUCAACUAAUUCAUCGAUUGAACUUGCAAAUACAUCAAGUGUUUCUUACGCAAAAUUUAACUUUCAACUCAUUACCAGAAAGCAUUGAAAUAAAUGCAAAUAAUUUGUCUGAUACUAAAACUUUGUCGGAUGAAGAUUAUACUUCUACGCAAGCUAGAAAUAAUUCUUUUUCAAUAGACACUUAUCCAAGCAGCGACGACAAUAUUGAUAUUGAUCGAAACGUAACUUCCAUUGUUGAAGUCCCUGUGAUAGAUAAAGCAUUGGUGGACAGUUCUCAAAAUAUGGAUUAUAUUAAGGCAAAACUGGGAGAAUGGGCUGUUACUGAAAAAAUUUCGCAUAACAGCUUGAAAAAAUUGCUUACUAUAUUAAAAUCAGUCCCAAGCUUAUCCACAGUAUUACCAUGUGACCCUCAUACUUUAUUGCAGACUGCAAAACAAACCAAUAUUUGA